AUGAAAGCGGAGAUUGGCAGUAAAUUGCAAUCACAAGCAAAGGCGCACAUUUCUCAGAACGCUCCGAUAUAUCUCAUACCAGUUUUUGGCGCUACUUGCUCCUGUCAAGCCCGCAUAAAUCAAGAAGAAAGCGCAAGACCAGCCACAAACCUUCCUACCGUGAGCAAUAACAAACAGCGACGAGCGCGCCGUCGACCAUACAGCCCACCGUCAGAAGCCUCGCACCAUAUAGUUGGAAACAUGUCGUCCUCGACGCCCUAUCGCGAAAUACGUGCCUCCUACGACGAGUAUGCCAUCACAGUCUACCAGGCGUACUCGCCCACCAUAGCUGAAGCCGCCGUCAAGCAUCAGAACCUCGCUGCAUCCCCAGCCUUCUCCAUGACACGAAUGACAUGGAUCAAGCCAUCUUGGUGCUGGAUGAUGUACAGAUCUGGCUACUCAUACAAAGAUGAGCGGCAGACACGGAUUUUGGCGCUGAAAAUACCACAUGAGAAGUUCAAGAAGUUGUUGAUGGAGAGUAGCCUCAGCGAGCCUGAGCGGCGGUCUGACGACAAAGUCAAUGGGGGGAAGAAAGAGCCGGGCGGACGGGGCGGCGACCAGAACAAUAAUACAGGCAAAGAGGAAGAAGGGAAGGGCAAAGUCCGUGUUCAAUGGGAUCCUGAACGAGGCCCUAGGCUUGGAAUAAAGCCAUAUCGCAGCAUACAGAUAGGAGUUGGGAGGAAUAUAGAAAGAUUCUUUGUCGAAGAGUGCGCGAAAGAGAUUGAAGAUGUGACUGAGCGAGCAAGAGCGAUGAAGAAGCUGUUGGAUGAAGAUCCGAGUAUUGGCCUAGAGCAGCUCGUAGAGAGAGGCCUGAUGCCCCAGGAGAGGGUCUAUGAUGUUGACGAGGAGCUGAGAAGAAUUUUAAGCAUGGAUAUGAGGUGA